AUGUUUAUCCUGACCAAGAUCUCCGACCUGGUUCAGGUUGCGCCAGAAGAUUUCUCCAAGCGAAGCAUAGAUGCCAUCGAGGACAAUAUCAAUGCCAAGUACUCUAAUAAGGUCAUCCAGAAGAUUGGACUCUGCAUCUGUCUCUAUGAUAUUCUCUGGACCUCAGAAGGUCUAAUUGGUCAUGGCACCGGCCUGGUCAACAUCAAUGUCGAGUUCCGUAUGGUCGUGUUCCGUCCCUUCAAGGGUGAGGUCAUGCUCGGCAGAAUACGCAGCUCCACACCCGCAGGCAUCAACCUGAGAACCGAUUUCUUCGACGACAUUUUUGUUCCGUUCGAGGAGCUGCCCGAAGGAGCCGAAUACAACCACGGCGAACAGCUCUGGAUCUGGAACUUUGACGAAGAACGGCUCUUCUACGAUAACCAUGAAAUGGUCCGCUUCCAGAUUGUUGACGAGGAGUGGCAUGAUCAAGCCCCGGCCGGCCCGUCCCAGGCCGACGACGCGCCCCCCAAGACGCCCUACCGGAUAAAGGCCAGCAUGGCUGCUGAAGGAUUGGGCGUGUGCCUGUGGUGGGAUGGAGCAUAG